CAACAGCAGUGAACACUGUAGCUCAAAUCAAACUGAACAAGGCUUGAAGAUGGAUCUAAGGCACAGGAUGCUGAGACCUCAUCUCAUUUUAAUACUUGUAACCAGCAUUUUUGGUGUUUCAAUGUGGGCUGACGACUCAAAUAUAAGACUCGUCAAAGGAAAUGACUCAUGUUCUGGUAGAGUGGAGGUCUAUUAUAACAGCCAGUGGGGAACAGUGUGUGACAAUAACUGGGACAUCAAUGAUGCAGCGGUGGUGUGCAGAGAGAUGAGAUGUGGCAGAGCGGUCAACGCCACUCACAGUGCCCACUUUGGUCAGGGAAGUGAUCCAAUACUGCUGGAUGAUGUUGGCUGUUCUGGAAAUGAAAGCUCUCUCUCUAAUUGCUCUCAUAGUGGAUUUUACACACACAACUGCAGUCAUGGUGAAGAUGCUGGUGUUAUCUGCUCAACUCAAGUGCACGAGUCAUCACUGGCUCCUUUCAUUGCUUCUGGAGUGGCAGCAGGACUGUUACUCAUAUCAGUGCUAAUCAUCAUUUUCUUCAUAAAGAGACGUAAAAAGCAAAAAUACCAGAUGGCUGUGAAGACGGAUCAUAAACACUGUGCCAAAAACACAUACAGGGAUACCGGAGGGAGGACUGAGAUGGAUGACGACAAAGUUUAUGAAAAUGCAGAAACCGUUUUUCACCAGAAAGAAGAUUCAGACAAUUCUAGUGAAGACUACACUAAUGUAGGCGCUGAGGAGAAUGUCUGCAAUGACUAUGCGGGUGCCAAAACCACAAGUGGGAUUACCAAUACAGGGAACGAGACGGAAGAUGACGAUUAUGAAAAUGCAGAAGUCUGGGUCCACCAGAGAGAGGAUUCAGAUGUCUCUAAUGAGGACUACAUAUACAGGAAUGCAGAAGCAGAGGAAAGAGCCGUAGACAACGACUAUGAGGACAAACAAAUUUAUGCAAACGUAGAUUAGUAUCGUAAACUGAAAAAUGUCAAUGAUUCAGUGAACCUCACUUUAAAUGUAUCAAUAGUAGUCAACGGAUUAAUCGGGCCUAGUAAUGCCAUUCUGAGACAGCCUUGUCAGUGUGGCUGCUGUGGAACAAUGUUAGUGCUUCCCAUUGUGUUCAUUUCACCAGUCUAUGAGUGACGUCAGUGCGUGAUGUAAAACAGUGGGAAACGUACCAAUGUUGGAUGUAAAGUUUCCUGGGAGAAAACAGCAAGAUUUAAACUCUAGCAUUGAAAGCUCAGUAUAUUUAACUGGCUACUCUUAAUAACAUAUCGCUGUUGUCAGAAGAAAACCUUGUAUGUCCAAAAUGGUAACUUUGCUGGAGAAGGAA